GGCUACGGCAGUCGUAGGCCAACCGCAGCGCGUAGCACUCGCUCCUAACCUAACGCCAUUCGCUACGAACUUCGUAGCGUGUGUAGCAAAUUUGUUUUGUGACAAGUGGUAGUGGGAACGUGGAAGUGCCAAGUGAAUUUACUCUGACGUGAUGGUGUGAACAUGUAGCAGGGAUGUGCGCGCCGGCCGCAGCCGCGCUGCUGCUCGCUGCGCUCACUGCGCUACCCUGCCGAGGUACAGAUGCGGAUACAUCUUCGACGAUUCCAGACGAAAUUCAUAAUCAUGAAAAUGGUAUCCAGCCAACAAUAACUAUAGUAUAUCAAAUGUUACAUGGUACAAAAUACAACCAGUCUCACAUCGAAUCAGUAAUAAGCGUGAAUGAAGUGAAAGACAAAACAUGUUGUGAUUUCAAUUAUAAAGUGCAAGUGCUAGAUGAACAUAAAGGUGCUAUAUUAUCAAAAGUUAAAGACAAAAAAGAUAGGAUAAAGCGAAUUGUGAAUAUGGAAAGACCAAGUGAAUUUAAUGUGGAUAGUUCAGGAGGAACUGAAAUAAGUACUGCUACUUCUGUGGUCAGUUCAGCAUUGGCGUCAGAGAGAAGAAGAAAACCAGGAGAGACUGGUUCCAGUGCUCCACUGUUAAACUACAUUUUUGACACUUAUACUAAUACCCAUCAACAUAGGAAUGGCAAGGUCAGCCCCGGUAAUAGUAUUUAUGCUGCCGCCGCUCCAGAAAUAGAAGCAUUAGUGGGAUCUACGGCACACUUAGAUUGCAAAGUUGACAGUCUCCACGAUAAACUGGUAUCGUGGGUCCGUAGGAAAAAUGAUGAAGAGCCCAUGGAACUUCUGACAACUGGCACUCAACAAUACACGGCAGACGACAGGUACUCUGCCCGUUUCAUACCGCCAGACAUAUGGAGGUUAGAAGUCAAGGAAGUCAGGCCGUCAGAUGCAGCCCAUUACGAUUGCCAACUAUCUGCUCAUCCUCCAAGAACAGCACGUGUCACUCUUCACGUUCCAGAGGUAUCCGUGAGGAUAGUCGAUGGUGCUGGUGCGGAUGUGUCUGAGCAGGUGUGCGAGAUCGGCAGCACUGUCGCCCUGCGCUGUGAAGUCAGGGGUCUGAAGAUGGAAGGUGGACCUUCGCUGCUGUGGUAUAGAAGAGAGGCUUUGCUCAAUGAUGACACCACUCGAGGAGGAAUAAGCGUCCGCACAGAGUUCGGUAUGAACGGCGCCAAUUCCGUCCUACGCGUGGCUCGCGUGCGUGGCGACGACGCCGGCCGCUACACCUGCACAGUGUCGCGCGCACCCCCGCCCGCGACGCCGCCCGCGCACGUCCUACUGCACGUCAUCAAAGGUGAAAGCCUGGCAGAGCUGCAUCAGGGUGGCAGCUCUCAUUACCAGCCAUACAACACGUGGCUUCCUCUAGUACUGACGCUGUGCGUCAUUUUACAUUGUAACAUUCACAUAAUUUAUUAUUAA